UAACUUUUGGACAACCCAGCUGCCGUACCGGAAGCAUUACCGGGGAGCAAACCUCGUGUUGUAUUGUGGGAAGUGUGCCCUUAACAAUCAUGGCAGACGCUUUUGGAGACGGUUUGUUCAGCGUGUUUGACGAUGAACAACAAACUACCACAAGCAAAAAGAUACCUGCUUCUCUGACACCAGACAUAGGGAAAGUUAUAAGUAAAAAUGGCACCGACAAAGAUGCUGGUCCAUCUGCAGCGGUCAAGCGAGAGGCAGACAGUGACGGUGGAGAGGAGAUGGUGUUUGGGAAGAAACCUCGACAUGAGACAGUCUCUGCUAAUGACCUAAAUCUUGCAGAAUUUAUGCCCCAAGUGAAGGUGGAGCAAGUUGACACUGUGGAAGGAUGCUCACACGAGGUGGCUCUUCCUGCCAGUGAUGAUUAUAAACCCCUGAAACCACGAGUGGGGAAAGCAGCCAAGGAGUAUCCUUUUGUUCUUGACCCGUUCCAGCGUGAGGCCAUCUUAUGUAUCGACAACAACGAGUCUGUGCUUGUCUCUGCUCACACCUCUGCUGGCAAGACUGUCUGUGCUGAAUAUGCCAUUGCACUGGCCCUUAGAGAGAAGCAGAGAGUGAUCUUCACCAGCCCCAUCAAAGCCCUCUCCAACCAGAAGUACAGAGAGAUGUACGAAGAGUUCCAGGAUGUGGGACUGAUGACUGGUGAUGUCACCAUCAACCCCACCGCCUCCUGCCUUGUCAUGACAACAGAGAUCCUGAGGAGCAUGCUUUACCGAGGCUCUGAGAUCAUGAGGGAGGUGGCGUGGGUCGUCUUUGAUGAGAUCCAUUACAUGAGAGAUGCAGAGCGUGGUGUGGUGUGGGAGGAGACUAUCAUUCUUCUUCCUGACAAUGUGCAUUACGUCUUCCUGUCAGCCACCAUCCCCAAUGCCAGGCAGUUUGCCGAGUGGAUUUGCCAUCUACAUAAGCAGCCAUGCCAUGUAGUCUACACAGACUACCGUCCCACUCCGCUGCAACACUACAUCUUCCCAUCAGGGGGCGAUGGACUCCACCUAGUUGUUGAUGAGAAUGGAGACUUCAGAGAGGAUAAUUUCAACACAGCUAUGCAGGUGCUGAGAGACGCGGGGGAUUCUGGGGGCAGUGGAGGGGGCAAGUGGGACCCGAGAGGACGGAAAGGAGGCACUAGAGGUCCAUCCAGCGUGUUCAAGAUAGUGAAGAUGAUCAUGGAGAGGAACUUCCAGCCUGUCAUAAUUUUCAGCUUCAGCAAGAAAGAAUGUGAGGCCUACGCUCUACAGGUAGCCAAACUGGACUUUAACAGAGAUGAUGAGAAACGUCUGGUGGAGGAAGUUUUCAACAACGCAGUGGACUGUCUUUCAGACGAAGACAAGAAACUCCCUCAGGUGGAGCAUGUGCUGCCGUUGUUGAAGAGGGGGAUAGGAAUCCAUCAUGGAGGCCUGCUGCCCAUCCUGAAAGAGACCAUAGAGAUCCUUUUCUCUGAAGGUCUGAUCAAGGCCCUGUUUGCUACAGAGACAUUUGCCAUGGGCAUCAACAUGCCGGCUCGCACUGUGCUCUUCACCAGCGCACGCAAAUUUGAUGGCAAGAAUCACCGCUUUAUUACAUCAGGUGAGUACAUCCAGAUGUCUGGGCGAGCCGGUAGGAGAGGAAUGGACGACAGGGGAAUUGUUAUUUUCAUGGUGGACGAGAAGAUGAGUCCGGCUGUGGGCAAACAGCUACUGAAGGGCUCGGCCGACCCUUUGAACAGUGCCUUCCACCUGACCUACAACAUGGUGCUCAACCUGCUGCGUGUGGAGGAGAUCAACCCAGAGUACAUGCUGGAGAAGUCUUUCUACCAGUUCCAACACUACAGGGCUUUGCCUGGUGUUGUGGAGAAAAUUAAGAAUUAUGAGGAGCAGUACCACAACAUUGAGAUUCCCAAUGAAGAGGGCGUGGUCACUUACUUUAAAAUCAGACAGCAGCUGGCCAAACUGGGUAAAGAGAUACAAGAGUUCACCCACAAACCCAAAUACUGCUUGCCCUUCUUGCAGCCUGGACGACUUGUCAAGGUAAAAAAUGAAGAUGCUGACUUUGGCUGGGGAGUUGUUGUAAACUUUUGCAAGAAGUCCAACGUGAAGACCAGUACAGACUCUGAGCCGCUCUAUGUGGUGGAGGUUUUGGUCCACUGUAGUAAGGACAGUCUAAAAGAUGCUGCGACUGAGGCUGCUAAACCUGCUGCUCCAGGGGAGACUGGAGAAAUGCAGGUGGUCCCAGUGAUGCUCCAUCUCCUGACUUCCAUCAGCUCUGUUCGCCUUUACAUCCCCAAAGACCUGAGGCCCUUUGACAACAGACAGCUCAUGCUCAAGUCUAUACUGGAGGUGCAGAAACGUUUCCCAGAUGGCGUUCCUCUGCUCGACCCCAUAGAUGACAUGGGCAUCAAAGACCCUGCACUGAAGAAAGUUAUUCAGAAAGUGGAGGCCUUUGAGCACCGCAUGUACUCCCACCCCAUGCACAGUGACCCCAACUUGGAAUCUGUGUAUUCCCUCUGUGAGAAGAAAGCUCUGAUCGCAGCAGACGUACGGACGGCCAAGCGAGAGCUGAAGAAAGCUCGGACCGUCCUGCAGAUGGACAAGCUGAAGUGCAGGAAGAGAGUUCUGCGACGCCUCGGCUUCGCCAGUCCGUCUGAUGUCAUCGAGAUGAAAGGACGGGUGGCCUGUGAAAUUAGCAGUGCUGACGAGCUCCUGCUGACGGAGAUGGUGUUCAACGGUCUCUUCAACGAUCUGACGGCCGAACAAGCCACCGCCCUGCUGUCCUGCUUUGUCUUCCAGGAGAAUGCCAGUGAGAUGCCAAAACUGACUGAACAACUAGCAGCUCCUUUGAGACAAAUGCAGGAGUGUGCAAAGCGCAUAGCCAAGGUUUCUGCAGACGCCAAGCUGGAGGUGGACGAGGAGACUUAUCUAAACCAGUUCAAGCCGCACCUGAUGGAUGUGGUAUACGCGUGGGCUAACGGCGCCACGUUUGCCCAAAUCUGCAAGAUGACUGACGUCUUUGAAGGGAGCAUCAUCCGCUGCAUGCGUCGUCUGGAAGAAGUCCUGAGACAAAUGUGUUCUGCAGCCAAGGCCAUAGGCAACACUGAACUGGAGAACAAGUUUGCUGAAGGAAUAACAAAGAUAAAGAGAGACAUUGUAUUUGCGGCCAGUCUCUACCUAUAAUGACAUUACAGCUUUCCAACACGAUGGGCAGCACUGGAGGGUAAAUGCUGUUUUUGACUUUAGUUGUUUAACCCCCCAUGGAUCUCCUUUUUUUUUUUUUUAAGUCUCACAUUUGUCAAACUGGGGUCAAAUAUUGUGCUUUUAUUCCCAAAAUGUUAGUUAAAUUGGCUUUUAAUGCAUUUGUCCUUCAGAUCACUUUUCUGAACAGUUUUGUUUCUUCACAAAAAUUAGCAUGAACUGUUAUUAAUGUUCUGGUGAGAAUUGCAUUCUAUAAAUGACAGGAUGUAAACGGAAGUGUUUCUCAUUAAGUAAAUACGUCUGCUUGGACAGAAUACAUUGAACAUUCAUGCUUUUAUUAUUUUUGCUUACAUGAGCAAAGUGGUUUAUAAUACAUUAUGAUAUAUCUGGCUUAGAAAGUAAACAUGACAUAAUACAUUAAACACUUGUUUCAUUUCUGUGCAUGUUAAAAAGUAAAAUGGCUUUAUUUUUUCUUGAGACAUUUGUAAAUAGUAACUUUUUUUUCAGUAAAAGUCUGUAUGGUGAUUUGUUUUUGUACAUACAGAUUAUACAAACAAAAUUA